GGAGAGGCGGAGGAGAAACGAAGAGAGAGAGCGCCCAACCCUGUACACGGCAACAACACACCGAGAGAGAGACUUUACUGGUGAAGAAAGAGGAAUAGCCGACGCCGUGGAUAUGAUCUAAAAGAAUACCCGAAGAGGCAAACAAUACAACUUUCUCCCAAAUAGCAAAUAGAUUCAAAAAGGUGGAAAACUGCCAAAAAGAUUACUAUUAUUCAAAUUCACCCCACCCGAUCAACCCCCCCCCCUCUGCACCCUAGCUACCGAGAUGCACACGGAGACUCGAAGCAAGAAAUGCCAGUCGAGUCCUAAGAAGGCCAGCAGUGGUGCCAGCUCCCAGUCCCAACCACAUCCAAAGGUGCCCCAACCCAAGAAGGAGCCCCAACCCAAGAAGGAGCCCCAACCCAAGAAGGAGCCCAAACCCAAGGUUCCCAAGAAGGAACCCAAGACCGAGCCCCAGACCCAGGUGGAAGAAGAAGACAUGCCCUCAGUACACAUCAAACCAGAACCAGAAGAGGUGGAGUGCACGCAGGCUGAAGUGGGUGAGGAGUUUCCCCAGCCUACAGACCUGAAGAUCAAGACAGAGAAGACCCAACCUGAGUCUCCCCCUCCCCUCUGCACAGCCACAGACAUGACCAUAGACACAACCACAACAGACACACAAGACGACUCCUCCCGCCCCUCAGAGGACCAGACGGAACCUGUCGACCUGUCACUUGGCAAGCCACGGCCCUCCCUGCCCGUUUUUACACCGUCCACCACAGCCAACCCCGCCCCCAGCUCCGUGGCGCCGCCCACGCUGUCGGCAAACCACAUCCCUACGGUAACCAUUCUAGACACCAUGAUGCUCUCUCCCGGGUCCAUCCUAGCAUCCACCCAGGGGGCAGGCGGUCAGCAGAUCCUGCAUGUCAUCCACACCAUCCCGUCGGUCAACAUGCCCAGUAAGAUGGGCCAGCUGCAGACCAUCCCCGUGGUGGUCCAGUCUCUGCCCUUGGUCUACACCACCAUGCCCACGGACGGAGUGGCCACCGCUGCCAUCACAGUGCCCCUCAUCGGGAGCGACGGGCGCUCUGAGGGAUCCGUGCGUAUCAAGCCUGGCUCGGCGUCCCCAGUGGAGUACCAGAGUGACAGUGAUGUGGAGAGCGGGACAGAGUCGGGUUCAGCUUCCUUCAGUACACCGGGACUGGACACAGGGUCGGGCGUAGACAUGGACAUGCAGGUGGAUCCUGAUUCGCCGGAUAUGAAGAGGAGGCGUGUCCAUAUGUGUGACUAUGAUGGCUGUAACAAGGUGUACACCAAGAGCUCACACCUUAAAGCCCACCGCAGGAUACACACAGGAGAGAAGCCAUACCACUGUACAUGGGAGGGCUGUACUUGGAGGUUCGCCCGGUCAGACGAGCUGACACGACACUUCCGUAAACACACGGGCAUCAAGCCCUUCCGCUGCACCGACUGUGACCGCUCCUUCUCCCGGUCCGACCACCUAGCCCUGCACCGGAGACGCCACGUCAUGAUGUGAACCAUGACCUCUGGCCCCUGAUCUUUAAACCCUUCCCCCUACUACCAUCACCCCCCACCCCCACUCCCACCCCCCCUCGGUACUCAACUGAAACUCAGAUGGGAGGGGCUAAACCCUGAAUUGUCACUUCCUGUUCCUGUCUCUUUUCUCUCCUCUUCCUCUAAUUUGAACUGUGGGUCAUCAUGGAGAUCAGGAAAUGAAAGAGGUGGAGAACGCAGAUUGCAAAGUAAAUGAUGAGAGCAGUUCAUUGUUGUUAUUUGGUUGCCCGGCACCUGAAGGGGGAGUCCACCACUCUUCACAGCCACCCUCACCACAAUGCUUACCUUCUCAUCUCUCCCUCACACCCCACUCAGUGUGACCAUGGCAUGACGCCAACCUCCUCUAUGGCUUCCUAUCCUAUCCUGGACUGAGAGUGAGACAGAGAACGGACUUUGAAGUGAUGCAGGGAUGCCUACACCAUACACUCAGCUCAGAGGAAGAAGAUGAGGGAGGAAGAGAACGGAGAGGAGGUGAAGGGGGCGGGGAAGGAUAUGUGGCUUUUGUCUUGUUUGUUGACUUCAGAGGGGAAGAUACUGUAGAUACCUUUACUGUAUUUUCUUUCUCAACUUGUGUGUGUGUGUGUGUGUGUGUGUGUGUGUGUGUGUGUGUGUGUGUGUGUGUGUGUGUGUGUGUGUGUGUGUGUGUGUGCGUGCGUGCGUGCGUGCGUGCG